AUGGGCAAAAGAGCAUCUGCAACACCAGCGUCCACGCCCACGCCCACGCCCACGUUGAAGAAGGCCGCAUCUUCGGGUGGACAGAGGACUCUACUGGGCUUCUUUUCAAAGACUCCAUCUACCUCCUCUCCAGCCUCCUUACCCACGAAGCCUGCAAUCCAGACACCAGCACCCUCGAAACCCGUCUUCAGAAAGGCGGGUUCCUCGGCAUCUGGCUCGUCAUUGACUCCCGUCCCUAGCAGUGACGCAGCAGAGCCGGACUUCGAGCAUAGCGACGCCCAGGCGAGUCUCCGCUCUUCUACUAAAGGUCUGCCUUCGCCAGUCUCAGCUGACGGACGGCAGACCAAUGAUGCAGAAGAACUAAACGUACGAGGCACACCUACUAGAAAAGCAAAGAAGAAGAUCAUCAGCUACAUUGAGUCCGAUAGUGAAGGUACUGACAAUGAUGAUGUCUUCAACCCCACUCCUGCGAACCGUGGUCGGGCUGUGAAACGAAGAAAACUUUCUGAUGAGGAGGACGAGGACGUCUACGAACAGGAAAAUGUAGUAGAUAUUGACGAAGAUCUCGAUGACUUCAUCGCACCAGACGAUUCAGAUAACGAGGUGCGGCCAACGAAACGCAAGCGGCCGUCCAAACCUGUGUCGCGAACCACCUCCACUCAUUUCACCCCAUCCAUAGAUGAUGAUGUCGAUAUGGAUCUGGAAGGACGCGAAACGACAACUGCUCAGCAAUGGACAUACGACCCCGAGAACCCCAUGCCUCUUCAACCACGUAAUGCCAAUCUCCCUUCGAAAAAGCCUGGAACAAAUGCGGAUAAGAAGCUCAAGGCACACAUGACAGAGCCCGAGAAAAGACACGCCUGGCUUGAAGAUAUAAGGGACCUUGAUCGCAAUCCAGUAGGUCAUCCCGAUUAUGACCCUCGAACUCUAUACAUUCCGCCCAUGGCUUUUGCCGGCUUUUCACCUUUUGAAAAGCAAUACUGGGAAAUCAAACAGAAAUUUUGGGACACUAUUGUAUUCUUCAAGAAGGGAAAGUUUUAUGAGCUCUACGAGAAAGAUGCAACAAUAGGGCAUCAGCUCUUUGACUUGAAGCUGACUGAUCGUGUCAACAUGCGUAUGGUUGGUGUUCCAGAGUCAAGCCUGGGCCUGUGGGCAAAUCAGUUCGUUGCCAAAGGAUACAAAAUCGCCCGUGUCGAUCAACAGGAGACUGCCUUGGGGAAGAAUCUGCGUGAACGUGACGAACAGUCCACUGGUACUUCUGCCAAAAAGAGUAAAGAUGACAAAGUCAUCAAACGAGAACUUGCUUGUGUCUUGACGGCAGGGACUCUAGUCGAUGGGAAUAUGCUACAGGAUGAUAUGGCUGUUUACUGUGUUGCAAUCAAAGAGUCCGAGAUCGAUGGCUUUCCAGCUUUCGGAAUAGCAUUUGUCGAUACUGCGACCGGGCAGUUCAACAUCUCUCAAUUCACAGAUGAUCCAGAUAUGACCAAGUUUGAGACAUUUAUCGCUCAGACCAGGCCACAAGAGAUUAUUCUAGAAAAGGGUGCAAUUUCAGCUAAAACUCUACGAAUCCUGAAGAACAACACUGGCCUGACCACCAUCUGGAAUUACCUCAAGCCAGGUAAAGAAUUUUGGGAGGGUCACAUUACCUUGAAAGAGAUUGAAGCCAGUGAGUAUUUUCCUGCUGCAUGGCCAGAAGCACUGGAGCAAGGCAAAGACAAGGACCUGCUCAUGUCCGCAUUGGGUGCUCUCAUCCAGUAUCUCAGGACGCUGAAAAUCGAGCGAGAUCUCGUGACUCUGGGUAAUUUCACAUGGUAUGACCCUAUUCGGAAGGCCUCAAGCCUCGUACUCGAUGGACAGACCUUGAUCAACCUAGAGAUCUUUGCAAAUUCCUAUGAUGGCAGUAACGAAGGCACUCUCUUCCAGCUUCUCAAUCGCUGUAUCACACCGUUCGGCAAACGCAUGUUUAAGCAAUGGGUGUGUCAUCCCCUGAUGGACACGAAAAAGAUCAAUGCUCGGCUGGAUGCUGUGGAUUCACUCAAUGCUGAUACGAAAGUACGAGAUCGGUUCACCUCACAAAUGGCAAAAAUGCCUGAUCUAGAACGUCUAAUUUCUCGCGUUCAUGCGGGUACAUGCAAGGUUCAAGAAUUUGUCAAGGUCUUGGAAGGGUUUGAGCAGAUCGAUCACACGAUGUCACUCCUUCGAGAUGGAUCUGGAAAAGCAGCAGAUUCAGAAGGUGUAAUUGGCCAACUCAUCACUGCUAUGCCGGAACUCGAUUCGCGUCUCAGAUACUGGAUGGAUGCUUUUGACCGCAGUCAGGCAAAAGAAUCCGGCCUUCUAGUCCCUGAACGUGGUAUCGAAGAAGACUUCGAUAAUUCUCACGAUAUGAUCAAGGAAAUCGAAGCUGAAUUCGACGUCCUGCUUCGCACGCAAAGAAAGAAGCUAGGGUCUAACGCGAUUUGUUACCGUGAUAACGGAAAGGAGAUCAAGCAGCUUGAAGUACCAGUCAAGGUCAAAGAUAUCCCAAAAAAUUGGGACCAAAUGUCAGCCACUAAGCAAGUCAAGAGAUAUUACUUUCCAGAAUUGAGACAGCUGGUUCGCAAGCUACAAGAGGCCCAAGAGAGACACUCGCAGAUCGUCAAAGAAGUCGCAGGUAGAUUCUUCGCCCGAUUUGAUGAGAACUACGAAAUCUGGCUUGCGGCCGUCAAGAUUAUUGCUCAGCUUGACUGCCUCAUCUCGCUUGCGAAAGCAAGUUCCAGUCUUGGAAAUCCAAGCUGCCGUCCUGAAUUUGUGGAUGACGAGCGCUCGACACUUGAGUUGGCGGAGCUUCGUCAUCCCUGUCUGCUUGCGAAUGUCGACGACUUCAUUCCAAAUGAUAUUGUGUUAGGCGGUCAAACCAAUAACCUCACACUGCUGACAGGUGCGAAUGCCGCUGGAAAAUCAACAGUGCUGCGAAUGACCUGCAUUGCGGUCAUCAUGGCCCAGAUUGGUUGUUACUUACCAUGUGAGUAUGCUCGGCUCACGCCUUUCGACCGCAUCAUGUCCCGCCUCGGAGCACAAGAUCAUAUAUUUGCUGCUCAGAGCACCUUCUUCGUGGAACUUGCCGAGACCAAGAAGAUCUUGUCUGAAGCCACUCCACGAUCUCUCGUAAUCCUGGACGAACUUGGCCGUGGCACUUCGUCUCAUGACGGUCUUGCAGUUGCGCAAGCGGUGCUUCACCACCUGGCAUCACACAUUGGCUGUCUUGGAUUCUUCGCAACCCAUUACCACUCACUGUCCGCAGAAUUUCAACACCACCCAGAGAUCAUGUCAAAGAGGAUGAAAAUUCUAGUCGACGACGAGCAACGACGAGUGACAUUCUUGUAUAAACUCGAAGCUGGCGUCGCCGAGGGCAGUUUCGGCAUGCACUGCGCGAGUAUGUGUGGCAUUGCAAGUGCCGUGGUCGAUCGCGCCGAGGAAGCAGCCCGCGAAUGGGAACAUACCAGCCUGGUGUCUCGCAAACUGAAGCACGGCUCAUCUGAGGACGGUUCCGAAGCCGACGGAGAGAAGGAGCAAGAAGUCCCGUUGGGCAUUCUGAGUGAUCUGGCAUGGAUUCUGAAGGACGAUAUUGACAGUGCAGAGGGAGGGCAAGUCCACACCAGGAGUCUGGAUGCUUUGGUCAAGUGUAUUGAGGCUUUGUAA